AUGUUCGCCGUUGCGCCUGCCCUAUGCAUGCUGCCGCUCUUCGCCAGCGCCACGGCAGUGGAAGAAGCAGCGGCGCAGACCGCUGCUGGCCCCGUCACGAAGCUCCUAUACACUAUGGCGACCACGAGUUUGGCCAUCGGUGUUGGCUGUCUCGCGGUUCGAUUGGGAUUCGUGGACCCAGAGCGCGGGCAGAUGGUGGCGCUCAGGUGGUACGUUCGCAUGGUCGCGUCCCCUCUGUUGGUCUUCAGGGUGGUAGCGACCUCCCCGAUUGGGGCGCUGCAGCUGGACCAGUGGUACGUUGUCCUCUCGUGUGCUGUUGGGAAGCUCUUCGUCAUGGUGACGGUGUGGCUCCUUGCGUUCUACUGCCACCACGGAAGCUCCACUGAGACCAGCCAGCGCCUGCUGACGGCCACAUGCUUCAUGUACUUUGUUGCGUCGUCUGACGACUUCGCAGUGGGAUUUCCCGUAGUGACUGCCAUCUACAAGAACGAGUUGGGCAUGGAUCUGUACGUCACCAUCAACACUUUGGUGUCCAGCGCCGUGUUCCUGCCCAUCGUGACGGUCCUUCUCGAGGUUGGAAGGAACAUGGCCUUGGCAGAAUCAGCAAGAGGCGGUGUUACUUAUGACGAGUUUUCUGGUUCGGAUUCAGGUAGCGAUGUUGACACGAGCAACGACGAGUCGAUCGUCACCAAAGAGAAUUCGAACAAGGAUGAGAUCGAGGGGAGUGGCGCGUUAGUUGUGUCACUUGCGAUCGCAAAGAGCGUUGCGUUCAGCCCUGUGAUCGUGAGCGUCGCUUUGGGUCUGAUGUAUGGUUCUAUAUUCGGAACGGUCAUCCCUGAGCUUGGCACCAUGAUCAUUGAUAAACUUACAUCACCGUUCGGUAUGCUAGCGCUCUUUGCCACAGGGACGGUGCUCAAGCAACCAUCGCUGCAACUAUGGUCUUGCUUGUUGAGCUUAUUGAAGGUGGUCGUGUGCGCGUACGUCUCUUUCUUCACUGCCCGAUUCCUGAUGGGGUCAGAGGGAAGGCUCACUGAUUUCUGUUUCUUCUACGGCUCGCUGCCGACCAGCAGCGGCCCGCUCCUCUUCACCGUGCAGUAUAAUCCUGGCCUUGUGGAUACUGUAGCGUCAGCAACGCUAUUCGGCUACUGCCUGGCUGGCCCUGUCAUGUCUUUCACCGCGAUGUUCCUUGAGCAAGAGAAUGUUUCACCAGACAUCCUCAGCAAUGCUCAACGUGUCGUAUGCGGUGUAAGUUUUCUGCUUGGAAUGCUAUUCAUUUUGUCUCUCGUUGCAUCCGGAGCGAGGGGUAGAUGGGGGUUCUCCAGCAGAGGAAACACGGUGGCGGAUCACUCGCUGUGUUUGGAGUCGCAUCGACUGUAA